UGACUUAUCUGGGAUUAAAAUGAUCCUCUCAACAUCACCGUCCUUUUCUUUUCUCAUUCAACCUUGUUGCCCAUUCCAACCCAUCCAGGCUAAAAUUUUUACCCAAUUAGAUCCAUAGUUUUUUUAAAUGUAUCUGUAGAUCACUCAAUUCCACCCGCUUAUAUAAUGACUAUCACCCAUUCACACCCAAUCAAUUACUUUUGGGGAACUAUUGCCAUCUCUAGUGAUUAUAUAUGCUGCAUUUUUUUGGAUUCAUUUACUUUUGCAUGACAAUUAGAAUAGAUUACAACCUUAUUUUCCUUUUUUGGUGUCUUGUACUUUGAUACCUUAUCUUCCUUGCAGGCACAAAAGCGAUGGCAGUAUAUCUCUUUUCAAGUUUGAAAUCUGUAUGCAAAACUGUGGAAGAUGUUGCCGAUGAAAAAUGGAAUGAGCUGAGAAAAGUACUAAGUCUUAUAGAAGAUAGGGAACAAGGCUUACCAAUCCAUAAGAUGUGUUGCAUUUCAGAUUUGCGUACGGAGAUUAUCGAAGGCCUUGACCAAUUGCUUUUUCUGGGCCAUAACAUGCUAUUUUCACCAGAUUGCAAUCGAACCACUAAUCCAGAUGUUUGGUCUCAUCCUGACAACACUUUCUAUGACGUGAUGGUGCGUAGGACCAACGGUACUCCUUGUAGGGGUUACGACUACCACGAUCCAUAUUCCAUGGGUAGGGGUCACUAACCCAUUUGGUGUAGCCAGUAUAUAGUGGUGCUGUCUCGGAACAAAUUAGCGCGAUGCAGGGAACCGGACUAUCUGCCUGUGAAUAGCAACUUUUGAAAUCUCAGUAUUGUAGUUUGUUAUUAUUUCUGGUAGUCUUUUGGAUGGUUACUAGAGUUGGUUUCGGUUUUUAAAUGCUUCAUGAUGUAUGUUACUUUGCUCAAGUUAAUAUUUUUGGAAUGGCAAGUGUUUUAAAUCUUCGCUCUUAA